UGGAAAUUUUUCAAUUUACCCUACGACUUAUAUAGAGUCGCGGAAGGUUCACUGAUAUCGAACAUCAUUCCGCUAAGUUUACGAUAACUUUUCGUGUGGUUCUUUCCUUUUUAAUCAUCGGCUGUAAUUUGAACUUGAAAAAAAAAAGAUACAUUUAUCGUUUCGAUAAAACUGUACAUGUGCUUUGAGAAAUAAGUUAUUGAAUCCGCUAUCUCCGCUCGCACCUUGUGAACGAUAUUAAACGGUACAUUUGAUAUUUUUAUUUAAAAAAUGACAUGUGCAUAAUACAUAUCUUGUAAUGUGUAUAAUAUGGAUCUUGUAAUUCAUUAACACAACAAUAAAAUGACGCGUCGUUUAAUUGCAUAAGACUUUAAUCGUCAAGAACGUAUUAUGUACAAGUCUCGCAUUUACCGAGGUGGUAGCGAUACCUCUCCACGAGACAGCGGAUCCGAAAGCACACCGUUUCUCUCCUCGGAAUCUCGCACGAGCCUAGAACUAUCGACGAUAUCCGAUGACUUGGAUAGCGACUUAGAUCCGAACCCCGCUGGCUGUUCUUUCAAAUAUGGGAGCAUCGACACCACCAGUUAUAGCACAACCCUAACAGCUGUACCAAAAAGGCCGCCCCCUCUAACGCUGAAUAACGAGUUAUAUCUUUCGGCAGCGGCGCACUCGCCUUGCAACGUGAAUCUCAUCCAUGAGAAGAAUUACGAGGCGCGUAACAUCGACCUGAUAUUAACAAACGAAAAUGUCGAUCCGAAAAAAUCAUACGGGAUAGAUUUUACACGUGGAUCACAAUUUCAACCAGACAUGGUGAAUGCCUCGUGCAAGGAUCUCAAGCUGAAGCAGAGUUCAUUGGUCACUAUAUUUUCAAUAUGGAAUACAAUAUUGGGAUCGUCGUUAUUGACUAUGCCAUGGGGAAUCGGAAUGGCCGGAUUCUUUCCUGGGAUUAUCCUCAAUUUACUGAUGAGCGGUUUAUGCUUAUACACAGCUUACCGUCUCAUAGUUGUACAUGCGUAUCACGGUGGAGGAGAAAAUAUAGAGGUCCUAGACUUGAGUCGAAUAUAUCUCGGCAAAUGGGCAGAAUAUAUUGCCAAAAUCUUUAGUAUUGCCGUGCUGCUGGGCGCAACUAUAGCUUAUUGGAUAUUGAUGGCUAAUUUCUUGUACAAUAGCGUGAAUUUUAUUUAUGAUAAUGCAGCUGUUUGGCCGACGCAGCAUCCUAUACCUGAGAACAUUUCGCAUACAGAAGUCUUAUGUCCGACAAAAGAAACUCAAGCUAACGAUACUGUCGUAAUAUAUGAGAAAACAUUUGAUGCAUUGGGACCAGCGUGGGAUUUACGCAAUACUGUUCCUGGGUUUUUAGCUAUAUUGAUAUUUCCAUUAUUAAAUUUUAAUAGUACGACAUUUUUUACAAAAUUUAAUUCCCUCGGAACAGUGUCAAUUAUAUAUUUGGUUAUUUUCAUUCUGAUAAAAUCCGCAUCAUGGGGCAUUAAUAUGGAUCAAACCGAAUGGGCAACAAGUUGGGUAAUACGACCCACAUUUCCAGCCCUCACUGGAAUGCUGGCAAUGUCAUUCUUUAUCCACAAUAUUAUAAUCAGUAUAAUGAAAAAUAAUCGUAAUCAAAAGAACAAUGGAAGGGAUUUAACUAUAGCAUAUAUUCUCGUCACAUUAACUUAUAUCAUCGUUGGAGCAGUAUUUUACAUAUGCUUUCCUCUGCCAAAAUCAUGCAUACAAGAUAAUCUAUUGAAUAAUUUUCAAAGGUGGGAUGGCUUUACAUUAGGUGCUCGUAUAGUAUUACUUUUCCAAUUAAUGACCGUCUAUCCUUUGCUUGCAUAUAUGCUGCGUGUGCAAUUGCUCUCAUCAAUAUGUAAAAGAGUAUCCAACAAGAGCUUGUCAUUAGUGCUCAUCAUUAAUCUUAUACUGGUUUCUAUAUGUAUUUUGUUCGCGACCUUUAUGCCUUACAUUGGAACUAUCGUUAGAUAUACUGGCGCUCUAAGCGGAUUUAUCUACGUCUUUACUUUGCCGAGUUUACUGCACUUGUCGAUUUUAAAGAAAGAAGAAAAAUUAACCACGUGUUCCAUAUUAAUUCACUUAAGUAUACCUGUCAUUGGAAUUAUCAAUCUCAUUGCUCAAUUUUUCAUUACAAAUUAUUGAUUAUAUAAUUAAAAUCUCAUCAUCUCAUAAUCUGUGUGAUUGCGUUUAUAUGAUACUUAAAAUUAAUUACAUAUAAGUAAUUGUAUGCAUUGCUAUGUAUACUUCAAGAGAGAGAAAGAGAGAUGAAAUCCUAUAGUGUUUUACAAUUAUAUUAAGAAAAAACAUAAUGGAUAAAAAAGCAUUAAAUGCAAUUUAUAUAUUGAAUUUAUUACUUGGAAGAGAAUUCAUUAAAAUUGAAAACUGUAUUAGAUAUAAGAAAACAUACCUAAGAUUACAUGUAUUUAGUCACUUUGUCAUAGUGAAGAAUAUAAUUUAAUACUCAAGAAAGAGAGACACACAUAUGUCAACUUGAUAAAGACGUAAAUCUAUUUUUUUGUAUGAUUAAAAUUUUUAAUGCUACAAGUCUUAUACUGUCAAUGCAAAAUAUUAAAUAUACAACAAUUAUUUCUA